ACUUCAUUCUCUGUUUAACUCUAACUCCCCCUCCUUUUCUCCACUUGCAACAAUGGCAACAGCAAUGGUUCUCGAUCCAAAACCCUUACCCGACCCACCAGCAACCCGACCCGACUCGUGUUUACCCGACCUGUCCUCCGAUAACGGCGAAGACGAUCUCUACGGUCGCCUAAAAUCACUUCAACGACAACUGGAAUUCAUCGAAAUCCAAGAAGAAUACGUUAAGGACGAACUAAAAAAUCUUCGUCGGGAACAUUUACGUGCACAAGAAGAGGUUAAACGGAUCCAAUCAGUGCCGUUAGUUAUCGGUCAGUUUAUGGAGAUGAUUGAUACGAAUAAUGCGAUUGUAGGGUCUACUACUGGAUCUAAUUACUAUGUUAGGAUAUUAAGUACGAUUAAUAGGGAGUUACUUAAGCCUUCUGCUUCUGUUGCUUUGCACCGACAUUCGAAUGCGCUUGUUGAUGUUUUGCCACCUGAAGCUGAUUCCAGUAUUUCGUUGCUUAGCCAAUCGGAAAAGCCUGAUGUGACCUACAGUGAUAUUGGAGGAUGUGACAUACAAAAGCAGGAAAUCCGUGAGGCUGUUGAGUUACCUUUGACCCAUCAUGACUUGUACAAGCAGAUUGGUAUAGAUCCUCCCCGUGGUGUCUUGCUUUAUGGUCCACCAGGUACUGGGAAAACUAUGCUUGCAAAGGCUGUCGCUCAUCACACUACUGCUGCCUUCAUAAGGGUUGUUGGCUCAGAAUUUGUUCAGAAGUACUUGGGUGAGGGUCCGCGAAUGGUUCGUGAUGUCUUCCGACUUGCCAAAGAAAAUGCUCCUGCAAUUAUAUUUAUUGAUGAGGUAGAUGCAAUUGCUACUGCUAGGUUUGAUGCUCAGACUGGAGCUGAUAGGGAGGUCCAGCGUAUCCUGAUGGAGUUGCUAAAUCAGAUGGACGGGUUUGACCAGACCGUGAAUGUGAAAGUUAUUAUGGCAACUAACAGAGCUGAUACUUUGGACCCUGCACUUCUGCGUCCUGGGAGGCUUGAUCGGAAGAUUGAAUUUCCUUUGCCUGACAGGCGUCAAAAGAGACUUGUUUUUCAGGUCUGUACUGCUAAGAUGAACUUAGGCGACGAGGUUGACUUGGAAGAUUAUGUUUCUCGCCCUGAUAAAAUUAGUGCUGCUGAGAUUACAGCUAUUUGUCAGGAAGCGGGUAUGCAUGCUGUGCGAAAGAAUCGUUAUGUCAUACUUCCCAAGGACUUUGAAAAGGGUUACAGGACCAAUGUGAAAAAGCCCGACACUGACUUUGAGUUCUACAAGUGAUUUUAAAAAUAGAUUAGCAAACGUUUUAGACAUCGACCUUGUACACUCUUGAAUAUUUUCUAUUUGAUGUUUUAUUGUACUACGGGUUUGUCAAACAUCAACUUGCCCGUGCAUUUCUUAUUGCCUCGUAUCAAAGCUGCACCAGUACAUUUUGUUU